ACACGAAAUAGGAAAUUAAAUUAAUAAAAAUGAAAUUCAGAUUUCUUGGUGAUGGCGAUUGUCCAGACUGGUUGCUGGCAGAAAUCAACACGCUUUCACGAAUGACUUCGAUUAAAAUGAAAAUGCUCGGUCAAGCAGUGGCUAAAUAUUUGACCGAAGGAGAACUUGAUGUAAGAAAAAGUAAAAAAAUCACACAAGAUACUAAACUUGAUAUAAGCGAUGCGAAAGCAAUAGUAGCCGCUCUUGAAUUGAUAUUUACAUCUUCUGCUCGAUAUGGCGUUUCCGCUGCUGAUUUGAGCAGUGAACUGCAACAAUUAGGACUUCCGCGAGAGCAUAGUACAGCUGUAGCAAGGCUUCACACAGAUCAUUGUUCUCAGAUCACUGCUGUUCUUUCAUCUCAAUCUUUAAGAGUCAGUCGCUUGUCUUCCAUCGAAGUAUUACCAUGCGAUAGCUCAUCGCCUACUGUGACGCUAAAAUUGAAGAAAAUAGACGGAAAAGAAGAAGAUUCCACUAUAAAUAUCUCUAAAGAUGAUGUGCAAGUGUUACUAAAGGAAUUAAAAAGAGCACGGGCAUUAAUGGAAAAUUUGUGAAUAUAAAAUAAGAUAAUAAUAUAAAAUGAAUAUAAAAUAAAAUAAUUGUAACGUUUUAUUACGUAAUUAUUAUAAUUUUUCAAUAAAAAUAUUUGUUAUUUACCAUAAAUAACCAAUAAAUAUCACAUAUCAUGUUAUAAAAAAUUAAAUUUUCUUUUUUUUAAUUUUCUCUUAAUCUGCCUGUUUCUAUAAAAUUCUAAUUGUGGAUGUCAAGGAAAAUCAAGUGCAUUAAGCUAUUCAUCGAAUAAUUUACUUUUAUUCUCUUAAUAAAUGAAUAUACAAAGUUUACAUUUAGUUUAUUGGUUUAUACGAUGCAUUGAAUAAUAUUGAUACGUUGUGACGAUAAUAAUGUCGCUGUUAAUAAUCGCGCAUGUCAUUUUUCCCUCUGCUUUCCUGCGUUCAUACGAGCACGAUGGUCAGAACGUAUCGGAUCCUCAUUUAUUUAAGUGUCAAAACCAAAGAAUAGAGUGCAGAUUCGUUCGGAACAUAUCGAAUCUAUAUGUAAUAUCCUUUACAUUCAAUUUUCCCGAUUUACUGAGGCCGCAUUCGAAGAUACACGCGCAGCUGAACAGAAUAGAUAUGAAGCGAAUAUUUUGCAUGUGAGAGAAACAGAAUGUUUUCCAAAAUAAAUCUUAGGCCAGUACAGAUUCCUUGGGAAUCGGGAAAAAUUCUUAUUACGCGAGGCCAAAUUGUGCUUCGGAUGAACUGAAAAAUGACCCAUAGUAGCAAUGAAAAGAAAAUCCCUCUCGAUCGAUGAAGUGCGAUCGACCGAUACAUCGCUACUGUGACGAAUAACUAUUAGUUUGCCGGGGAAUAGCUUUGGCAUCGUGCUCCAUGAGUAUCUUUUUAGGGCGCGCGCAAAGCGGUAGCGUUUAAUCGUUAAAUUCGAAUAAAUAUCAAGGCUAAUCUAAUCAGUCUUUAUACAGUUAUUCGUACACAUUCGCUGUAUAUGUGUCCGUCUCGCUCGCGUUCUUCUCUUACACACACGCAUUCACUCGCAUUCUCGCGGUUCCCUUCAUGCAUUCGACGCGAUUCUUAAUUAUUUACAAGUGUCACGGAGGAGCUGUCGAUAUAAUGACACAUCGAUUAAGCGCUCUCUCGCGGUUAUACAUACGUUCCUGGGACGCGACUCUUUGGAGGGCUCUGACCGGCUCUUUUUUUCAACGCUCUUGCUGAAGUGGAACCAAGGAUUUCGCGCGAUCAAUGAUUAAAUAACAA